GACUGGUGCAGUGCGACACUCCACUGAAGGAUCAAAAGAGGGCAGAGCGGCAAAGACGGAACAAUGGCGACGUUGGAUGCUUGUCAGGUGCGGGUCGGAGAGGCAGUGGGCGAUGCUGCCGAGUUGAAGCGGUUAUGGUCUGCGCUCGAUUACAACGGCAAUGGCAUCGUGAGCUUGGCCGAGACAGUCAAGUUUUUUCAGCAGGAGAUGCCGGCCCUGGCCCACCAGCGCCCGCUGUUGCGCGCCUUCAAGUACACCACUCUUGUCGAUGGCGAUGGCGAUGAGUGGGUGGAGCGACAUGAGUUCCCAGACCUGCUGCGCAAUGCGCUUUUCUUUUGCAUGCUCUACGACAAGUUUGAGCAGCUGGACAAGGAUGGAGAUCAUCGUCUGAGCCUGAUCGAGUUCAAGGCGGCUUGUGCCGCUGCCCAACUCGACAUUUCGCCAGCCGAAGCCGAAGCCCAAUUCGCGCUGGCUGAUGUCAACGGCGGUGGUGAGAUUCUCUUUGACGAGUUUUGCCGAUUCGCGGCCAUCUGCCGCAUGCCCGUCGGCAACCAAGUUCGUAGUGAAUUCACCCUGGCCUCGACCAAGAUGGCCGUCAAGGAGCAGAAAAAGGCCGGUCAGAGCACGGGCUACGACAACCAGCCCGACAUCCAUACCCGCAAGUUUCGCAAGGUCGAAAAGGAAUUUCAGGCCGUCAUUGCCGACCCCAAGCGGCUGCACGCCGUGUGGCGAUGCCUCGAUUAUGAUGGAAACCUCAUCGUUUCUCUGGCCGAGCUGGACAAGUUUGUGGUGGAGCGUUACCCCGUGCUCAACAACAAGCGCGCCCUCAUGCGAGCUUACAAGGCUACAACAUUGUUGGAUGGCGAUGGCGACGAGUGGAUCGAGGCGCCGGAAUUGCCGGCACUCCUGCGCAACAUUGUCUACUUUAACAAGCUGUCCGUGGCUUUUGACAAGAUCGACAAGGACCACGAUCACCGCAUUGACUUUGGAGAAUUUCAGGCCGGUCUUGCUGAGCUGGGCCUGAAUCUCCCCACUGAUGAAGCCGAACAGGAAUUCGAGAGCAUGGACAGCAACCACGGUGGCGAGGUCUUGUUUGAUGAAUUUUGCGCUUGGGCAGCUCGGCAUGCGUGCCCCGUGGAUGACGAUGUGCGAACUACAUUUACCGAGGCGUCGGUGGAGAUGGCACGUAAGCAUCGCUCUGCGGCCGACGCUUCUGCGUCGGAGCGGGCUCGUUUGGCACGCGAGGCACGUAAGCGUCGCGAUGCCAAACCCAAGUCCAAGUACAGUGGCGUGACGGAGCAGAUCAAGCGCAUCGCUAGCAAGGAGAAGUCGCUCAAACUCAUGUGGCGUAAAGUGGACUCUUCGGCUGAUGGCAGCGUCUCAAUGCGCGAACUGCACCGCUAUUUGAGCAACAAAUUUCCCGUCUUGAGCCGCAAGCCGGCCAUGGUGCGAGCUUACAAGCACACGGCCGGUGCUGAUGGAAGCUUGACGUUUGACAAGUUUGCGGCUUUGUUGCUGGACCUGAUCACCUUCCAUCAGAUUUUGGACGUGUUUGAGCAGCUGGAUACUUCGGGGGAUAAGCAGCUCUCGCAAGAGGAGUUUGUGCUCGGUGUCCAGCGCUUGGAGCUCAACUUGAGCUCUUCGGAGGCCGAGGCCGCUUUUGCCAGCCGUGAUCGUGACGGUUCGGGCAACCUGAGCCUUGACGAGUUUGCUGACUUUGUCAUGAGCCAAUAAACCGCGACUGGCCCUGCCGUAGCGGGGCAAACAGCCGCAUGGAAUAUUGUUUGCGUUGACUCGGGGUGACCGUGCUUAUUAUUGGUCUUCCUCUCCCUCCCUCUCAAGGCGCGUGGCAGCUGCUACCGAGCCAUUGAAGGCGCCUUUUUCUCCAUCAAAAUCAAGUAAAAAGAAAAAGUAUUGUCAUGUCAAAUUUAGUGAUUGAGGCCG